AUGAGGAAUACAUCAUAAUUAUUUUCGGUAUGGGAUGCAUCAGGAUUAAAGAAAUAGUAAGAAUCAAUUAACAAAUAUUAUUAGCAAAUGAAUUUUUGUGUAUUAGUUUAUGAUCUCACAAAGUCAGAGGGAUUUAACUCAAUAAAGAAUUGGAUGAAUUUUGUUUUAAGUUAUUUGGCACAAAUCACUUAAGCAUACUUUCCUUUUAUUUUGGUAGGGACAUUUUUGGAUUUGAAGGAACAAACCGAUGAAGAGUAAGAAAUUUUUUACAAGGAAAUGUAUAAUGAUACUAGGUGUCUCUAAAAGAUGUAAAUUCUGUGUAGGAUUUAACAAGCCAUCAUUACUGCUACUUUUAAAUUGGAGCAUUAAAAUUUAAGGGUUUAGAAAAAGCUGACUCUAACGAUUUUAGCAAGGAUUUACAUCUGCAUUAGACGAAAAUAUUGA